UGCAUGGGGGCGAGUCGGCGGAUCAGCGGUGGAGGAAGGAAAAAAAUGUUGUAGGAAAAAAAUGAAAACUAAUGUAAAUGUUGCCAUUAGGAAAAUUGCCACUUUGUUGAAGCCCGACAAAAACAUCAGUCACGAUGGUGCCCACGUUGUCAUCAAGACCCUCAGUACAUUUAAGAACUACCACAUGGAUUUCCAUGUUGGCAAGGAGUUUGAGGAGGAUCUGUCAGGGGUCGAUGACAGAAAAUGCAUGACAACUAUCUCAUGGGAGGGGGACAAGCUGGUGUGUGUUCAGAACGGAGAGAAGGAGGGCUGAGGCUGGA